CUCAUUUGAUAAACCGAUAUUAAGAUGUGGUCUACGAAAGCUUUUAUUCUACUAUUUACAGCGCUGGGAGCUGUGGGAAGUCCAGUGGCUGAGGUACAUCAGCGGCAAGCAGUUUCUUGUCCGUCCGGCUAUACUGCCAAAUGCUGCCCGCUUCUUGUCCCAACCAAUAUUCUUGGGACCCAGCUGACAGUAGGUGUUGGCUGCUCACCCUUGGGCAGUGCUUGCAGUACUCAUACAGCGUGCUGUAAAUCUGAAUCGUUUGUACUUAACUUCCUGGCCGUCUGCGAGGCGGCCUCUGAAGGAGGAGGAGGAGGAACUGGCGGUAUCAAUGGCGGCGGUGGUUGAGAUAUUUAUCUUAGUAUAGUAGCUAUAGCUAUGUUUUUUUUUUUGGUAGCAAUAAAUCGAAAAGUCCUGAUAA